AUGGAGCAUGAUCUUCUGAUAGUGGUCGAUGCAACGGCGUCGAUGGGCUAUUAUCUCACGUCUCUCAACACCUCCAUUCCCCAGAUCAUCUCCAUCUCUGCCCUUACCGGAUGCUUUUCUCGCAUUGGACUGCUCGCGUAUAGAGACUACGACCACUGUGAUGCCCGGCUGCUGGAAUGGUCCGGCUGGCUUGAAGAGUCCAAGGCCACCGGGACUGCUGGGCCUGACAUUCUCGCCCUGGCAAAGUCGUUGGAGCCAUGCGGUGGCUGGGAUGUACCUGAGGCCGCAAAGACGGCGCUGGCAAGGGCCUACGAAUUGAUGCGAUCGGACGCAAAGACGACACUAUUGUUCUAUACAGAUGCCCAUCCUCAUGUUGGAGUCGUGGAUAAGCAGACGACAAGCCGUCCCGUCAUCCCCAACGGCUCGCUGGAGAAACAGGCACUCUCAGAUCCCUCCUCGUACGGCGGGUUUGGCCCACACUUCGUGGACUGGGUUUCGGCAUGUACGUUUCUGCGCAAGGGUGAGAAAGCAGUACAGGUGUUUUGCUUGCUUGCGCCUUCAAUGGAGUGGAUAAGCUGUGGCCACUACAAUUACCUAUCUACCAUGACCGGUGGUGCAUGCAUGAUCCUCAAAGACUCCAAGCCUGUAACCAUCUCUAGAGUGACCGUUGAUCUGCUACUAUCGUGGAUGGGUGUCGAGCCGGGUAGCAGUGCAUCUAACAAAGGUAGCGAAGCAGAUGCAUUGGCAACAUUGGGUCGUUACAAGACUGUCAGUAAUAUCAAGAAGCUCAAGGAUGAGUUCGAUCCAAAAGCAGAACAGUACUUUCUCACCCCUUCUGUCCACUACAAUACGGAUCCGAUCCACGAUAAUGUUGCCAGGGCACCAAUGACCCCUGAUAUCGCAAAGAGAUUUCUCCCAAAGAAGGAUGUGCCGCUUACAAGCUUCGCAACCGCCUGGACUACGGAUCCGGCCUACCAAUCCCUAGCACUCAAGCAUCUAAAGAAGAUCAUAGCAUUCGACGUCAGGGCGAUAUCGGUCAACCCGGUUUUCGGAAGUUUAUGGAGAACAGUCUGCAGCGAUAGGUCCUGUGACUCACGACAGGAGCUUCUUGACGCCUUUAGUUCCGAAGUGGGAAAGCUAGAUAGUGCGGAAGAUAGAGAGGAUUUGAAGAUAUGGCUUGAAGGCUCAUACGAUUAUACCGCGGAGGUUCUUGAGCUCAUCGAUAGUGUUCCAGAGGAAGACCGGUUUCCCUGCGUCUACCUCGAUCCAACGCUAAACUUUACUCUAUCAGGCGCAGACGCAGAGAGUGAGUCUGGCAAGCCCAUCACUGCCCUUACCAGGGCAGAUCUGUUAGAGAUUGGCCGCUCCUGCGAUCCUUCAGUCCUUCGACGCCUUGGACGCACACUCACUCAGUUAGCAUAUGUCGAAACCGAGGCAGAGCUGCCAGAGCAUAUUGCAAAUUCAAGCCAGGAUCAAGUCCCUAAAAUCCCCAUGGCACUAGCGAGCAAGGAACAUAAGCGUCAAUUCUGGAGGGUUCUCCUCCAUCUUAUCGUUCCAGGGACAAUGCUGGCUGCCCGCUCUGCAGCGCUUCUUGCAGCCCUGAGUCUGCGGCUUGGUAUCACACCGCUCACUCAGGUGGCUGAACGGGAAGCACUAAGUUUCAGGAACAGGUGGAACGACACCGAAACCCCCGAGACCUGGGCUGUCCCAUGCUUGAAUCUGCUGAUUAACGCCGACAAGACGUAUAGUAAGCGACAAGCCAGCCUUGAAGCGGCACCUGGAAGCCCUGGAAGCCCUCAAAAGAAGCCUGCUACCCUGUUGAAGCCAAGUGACAGGGAGCUAUUUGAACGACUUGUGGCCUAUAGGAUGCUGGAAGUAAACCUUGACAGCGCUUUGGCAGCAAACGUUGGCUGGACUCCUCAAAAGACUACGGCACCCAUGGGGCCUACCGUCAUCUGUCGAUUUUGCAAAUACCCAAGAUCGGUCAGUAUCAUGGAUCGUAACGACAAAUGCGGCCUAUGUGUGUUCGCCUCCCAGAACGAAGGCUAUAACGAUAUAAUACAUAUUGGAGUCUCAAAGGACGACGCCCUGGAGACUCCAGCCACUUGGGUAGAGUGCUGUGUGCAGACAUGCAGAGCGCAAUAUGUGGUGUAUGAUGUCGCCUCCUUAAAGGUGAGGGCAAAGUGUCAUUAUUGCAGAGCGCAAAGCACAGGGUCAUCCGAUGCGCGCAAGAAACACCUUGAAGCUCCUUGGAUUGAGUGCAUAAAGUGUCUGAACCGGUUUAUCUGGCCAGCAGAAUACCGUCCUUCUUCACUUAAUACCUCAAAGUUCACCUGCAUCCCCUGUGACUCUGGACGGGAAACUGUAGUUGAAGUCGAAACUACGGCCAGGAAGAUUUCAGUGGAGAAUUCCUACUCGUGGUUGAUCACUGACAGCCAAAAUCCAGAUGUUUGCCCUUUUACUGGCCGCUCACUUUACCAUACCAUCUCGAACGUUGGAAGUGAAAACUUCACGUCCCGGAUGGCGUUGUUUCCUACAACGAAGAAGACACUAACUUUGAAAGGCAAGACGAUACAAAACGUUCCGGAUUUAAUAUCCACACUCCAGGACCUUAUUUCACGUCUUCAAACAAUCAAAGAGCACUGUUCGCUAUGUUUCUCUGCUUUCCGUCCUGACGCGCUAAGCCCAGCCUGCGGCCGCCGUGGUUGCGUGCAGCGUGUCUGCCGUGACUGUCUCUCAGGUUGGUACGGUCUCAAUUCGGCAGGGCGAAUCCUGAAUACCGGCGCCCUUUCUUGCCCAUUCUGUCGACGUCUGCCAUCCGCCAAAACCCUGGCAAACUACUCAAUGGGUGUCCAGGCUAUUGCUAACCUAGCAAAGGCGCUUGAGGAGAAGGGAACAUGGAUAUAUGCAUGGUGCGUUGCUUGUUCUUCAGCAAAGCGGUUCAUAGAGCGGGAAUGUGCUCGCGGAGCACCACCCGAAGUUUCCGACUGGGCUUGUCCAGACUGUGUUCAGCAACAGGAAGAGAUUGAGCUCGCGCGAAUAACUGAAGCUCAUGAAUCUGAGGUGGCUGCAGCUAUGCGAGAAGCUAUUAUGGCAAGGAAACUAGAAUGGUGCUAUUUCUGCGGACGCCAUUUUCAAAACACAGACAUCUACGAGCAUCUUAAUCGAGAACAUGGCGGAAUUUAUGAUCCCGAGGAUGAGGAAUUGGAAUACAGUGAUGAUGAAUAA